AUGAAAGCCCCUGAUAUUUCCAUCCAAUUGAGCACUAGUGGCUUACCACGAGUGACGUUCGAGUGCGGCUUCCCUGAAUCGCACGAUAUCCUUCAAGACGACAUGAUAGAUUGGCUCAUGGGCGGGGGUGGGGCUGUUCAGGCUGUGGUUCUGGUGAAGUGGAAACCAUGCCAGACUACCAUGACCGUUCGGGGAGACGUAGAGCUCUACACGCGGGAUACCAACGAGGUGUUCCCUGUGCCGGAAGGACUAGGAGAGCGGCAAGUUCUGCGACUCAACCGCCAGAUGCUUUUCGGGGGUGAUGUUGCGCCAGGCCGCGGGGAGGGUGACGUUUUUGGUCUUGAUAUCCAGGUUCUACGAACGGUGCAGCGAUUUUAA